AUGCAGACCGUCUGCACGAAUCACGUGGUUUACCAGUUGUAACAUCAUGGAGAAAGAACUGGAGAGGCAAUUGGAUGAAACAAUGAGUCAGUCAGGAGUUGUCGGUCUGGUAUGUGCAGACUCUAAGGGCCUCUGCCUAGGAGCAAGGGGUAACGGAACUGCUUACGCAGCCGCACACAUCACUACACUCGCUAACAAGGGACGCGAGCUUGCGCCCUACGGGUCGGACCCUGUAAUUAUCCUGGAGUCUCCUGGUUGCAAUGUAUUGAUCAAGCAGCAAGGCGGCAUCACUUUGGCGGUCAAUAAAAUUCCCUAAUGACAGCAAUCUUGACAGAUAAAUUGGGAUCUCCUACAGCUGGUGUAAAGAAAGAGAUUGCAGUCAUGAUCUAGGAAUGAUAAGAAUACAGUGUUUACAUUCAUGUGUACAUGACAAUUAACGUUUUCAGAUUGUGAUUGUGUCAUAUUGGAGCAUGCUAUGAGUAGAGCCUAGGCUUUAGUUGCAAAUUUACUCGAAAGUUGGAUGGAACAACACAA